AUGAGCACCACUAUUCCCGGCAAAAGUUCCCUCAGUCCUCAAAUAUCUCCUCAACUCUCUUCAAACCACUGGGAAGCCAAUGGUGGAAACAACUCUUUGGACCAACCAAAGUCUGAUAACAGGACUUCUGAACUCAUCAAAGAAGAGGAGAAAGAAACAGGGAUAGUGAGCUUGCACGUUUACAAACAUUAA